UUUAAGUAUACUAUUGCAUAUGCUGUUGUUCAUUCUUAUUAAUCCAUUCCAUUGGUAUUUGUAGGGACUAGUUCCAACAUUGCAACAAGUUGUUCCAAAUGCAGAGAUGAGAUUCUAUAUCAGGCACUUGUACACCAACUUCAGGGAUUUGCACAAGGGGAUGGAAUUGAGGAAACAGCUAUGGUCAGCUGCUAGAGCCACAACUAUUGAAGAUUUUCACAAAGCAAUGGAGACAAUGAAGGCCACUGAUGUUGAGGCUUACAAAUGGCUAGCAGAAAAACCACCCAUGCAAUGGUCCAAGUCUCACUACUCUACUUUAAACAAAUGUGACCUUCUUGUUAACAACCUGUUUAAGGGUUUUAACAAAGACAUAAAGUUGGCUAGGGACAAACCUAUUAUAACAAUGUUGGAAGGAAUUAGGUGUUACUUAAUGAAGAGAAUGACCAAAAGGAGGGAGCAAAUAACCACAUGGGAACACAACAUCUGCCCAAACAUUAUAGAUAAAGUGGAAAAAUAUAAAAAAGAUGUGGUGGUUGUAAUGCAAUUUGGUUUGGUGAGGGACAUUACCAAAUACAUGGCCCUCCACCUCAACAAUAUAGCCAGAAUUUGGAAGACCGAACUUGUAGCUACAGAAAAUGGGAUUUGAAAGGUAUCCCAUGUACACAUGCUAUAACUAGCAUUACCCACAAGCAUGCCAAUAUAGAAGAUUACAUUGACCCUUGUUAUAAGAAGGAGACAAAUGCUAGUAUCUAUAAGGGUACCAUUUACCCCAUCAAUCAAAGAAACAUGUGGCAUGCAAGUGGGUGCGUGCCAAUUCUCCCUCCCAACUAUGGCAGGUCUUCUGGAAGGCCUAAGAAAUGUAGGAGGAAAGAAAGAGUUGAGUUAGAGAAUCCUGACCCAAAUAAGUUGAGGAGACAAAAUACUUCAUUGAGAUGUGGGAAAUGUGGCCAAUGGGGGCAUAAUAUGAGGACUUGCAAAAAUAAAGCAAAUUCAAAAAUUCGAAGGAGGCCUACUGGAGGGUUAGUGUUCACUCGGCCAAGUGGCAGGUCAAGAAGUAGGCCAAGGAGAAUGGGUGUUCAAUCAACCUUUGGUAGGGGCAGGGGUGCAGUAGGUGAUGGUGCAGCACCUCAAGCAAGCCAAGUUUCAAUGGGAACUGAUGGUGCAGCACCUCAAGCAAGCCAAGUUUCAGUGGGAGCUGUUGGUACUGAUGGUGGUGGAACCAAAGGUGGAAAGGGAAAGGGUACUGAUGGUGGUGGAACUAGAGGUGGAAGGGGAAGGGGAAGGGGUAGAAGCAUAUGAGGGAAUAGUGGUGGAAGCACUGAUGUUGGUAGGGGCAGUGGUGGUGGAAACAAAGGAGAAAGAACUGGUGGUGGAAGGGGCAAGGCUAGAAGGGGGAGUGGUGUUGGAACUAGAGGAGGGAGCAUUGAUGGUGGGGGCAGGACUGGAAGGGGAAGGGAUCGUCCAGUGAGUACAACAGGAAAUUCAAAGCCAACAUGGUCCCAAUACUAACCAUGGGUCAUUGCAUUGCAUUAUGAGGAUCAAUUUUGUUUUUGUCCAGGUCCACUUUUGCUCUGUUGUAACUUGCUAUAUUGUAAUGCAUUUUGAUUCCUUGCCACUAAUAGAUAUGACAAACUUGGGUCA